AUGAAGACUGACUUCCAGUUUUCCAAUCUGCUAGGCACCGUCUACAGCAGAGGCAACCUGCUGUUUACUCCAGAUGGAACAUGUCUGCUGUCGCCGGUCGGUAACAGGGUGACCGUGUUCGACCUUGUCAACUCCAAAUCGUAUACACUUCCAUUUGCACACCGAACGAACAUUGCCCGCCUAGCACUGAACCCUCGCGGCAAUCUGCUCCUCUCAGUCGACGAGAACGGUCGCGCGAUCCUCACGAAUGUACCCCGCCGAGUGGUUCUCUAUCAUUUCUCACUUCGCGGUGAGGUCACCGCUCUCGCGUUUGCGCCGUCCGGACGACACUUCGCUGUAGGAAUUGGCAGACAGAUCGAAGUAUGGCAUACCCCAUCCACACCAGAUGUCGCAGAAGGUGAUCUGGAGUUUGCGCCGUUCGUGCGACACCGAAUGUACACAGGACACUACGACGCCGUUCAGAGCAUUGAAUGGUCGAGUGACUCGAGGUUCUUCCUUAGCGCAUCCAAGGAUUUGACGGCGCGGAUAUGGAGUAUUGACGAAGAGGAGGGUUCUGCGCAAACUACGCUAGGAGGUCACAGACAGGCAAUUGUGGGUGCAUGGUUCUCCAAGGAUCAAGAGACAAUAUACACUGUCAGCAAAGACGGAGCGCUGUUCAUGUGGAAGUACAUGCUGCGAUACGAUGCGCCGGACGACGCCGACGAGGAUGACGAUGACAAUCUGCAAUGGGGCAUCGCUGAGCGACACUUCUUCAACCAGAACGACGCCCACGUCACAUGCGCCGGCUUCCACCCAGAAUCGAAACUGCUGGUCACAGGCUUUUCGAACGGUACCUUCUUCAUCCACGAACUUCCCGAGUUUGCGCAGAUCCAGAGCUUGAGCAUAUCGCAAAACGACAUCGAUUAUGUUGCAAUCAACAAGACUGGAGAGUGGCUAGCUUUUGGUGCAUCGAAACUGGGACAAUUGCUGGUCUGGGAGUGGCAGUCAGAGUCGUACGUUCUGAAGCAGCAGGGACAUUUCGAUUCGAUGAACACGAUUGCAUACUCCCCCGAGGGCCAACGCAUCAUCACAGCGGCCGAUGAUGGUAAGAUCAAGGUCUGGGACGUAAACUCUGGAUUUUGCGUCGUGACGUUCACUGAACACAUGGGUGGCGUGACAGCCUGCGAGUUUGCAAAGAGGGGCAAUGUUCUGUUUACCGCGAGUUUGGACGGUUCAGUAAGAGCUUGGGACCUGAUCAGAUACCGUAACUUUCGCACAUUCACAGCACCAUCACGAUUAUCCUUCUCAUCGCUAGCGGUCGACCCUAGCGGCGAAGUCGUGUGCGCAGGCUCGAUCGACACAUCAGACAUCCACAUCUGGUCUGUACAGACCGGUCAAUUACUCGAUACGCUGUCUGGACACGAAGCGCCGGUCUCGUCACUAGCAUUCUCACCAGACGCAUCGACGCUGGUCAGUGGAAGUUGGGACAAGACGGUCCGGGUCUGGAACAUUUUUGCUCGAACACAAACCAGCGAACCCCUCCAGUUGGUGGCAGACGUCCUCUCUAUCGCCUUCCGACCCGACUCGAAGCAAAUAGCUGUCACUACCCUCGAUGGUCAAUUGACUUUCUGGAACGUGUCUGAUGCCGCACAAGAGAGUGGCGUUGAUGCUCGUCGCGACGUGUCAGGUGGACGCAAGAUGUCGGAUCGUCGCACAGCAGCCAACGUUGCUGGCACCAAGUCUUUCACAGCAGUCAGGUAUAGCGCAGAUGGUUCCUGCGUUCUUGCAGGCGGCAACAGCAAGUACAUCUGUCUGUACGACGUACAAUCCGGUGUAUUGCUUAAGAAGUUUACUGUAUCCGUCAACCUGUCGUUGGACGGCACACAAGAGUUCUUGAACAGCAAGCUGUUGACUGAGGCUGGGCCGCAGGGUCUUAUUGACGAAACGGGCGAAGCUUCAGACAUCGAAGGUCGACGCGAUACCACAUUACCUGGUGCUCAAAAGGGCGUCGGUGCAAGAAGAACACGUCCAGAAGUCCGCGUGCCAGCAGUAGCGUUCUCGCCAACAGGGCGGGCUUUCUGCGCAGCCUCAACAGAAGGACUCCUCAUUUAUUCCUUGGACAACACAUUCCAAUUCGACCCCUUCGACCUCGACAUCAGCGUUACACCCUCCACAACCCUUGAUACCCUCGCUCAGCAAGAGUACCUCAAAGCUCUCGUUAUGGCCUUCCGUCUCAACGAGCGCAAUCUUAUCCGCCGCGUCUAUGAAGCCACACCGGUCGAAGACAUACCUCUGGUCGUUAAGGACCUACCACCUGUAUACCUUGGUCGAUUAUUACGUUUCGUUGCUGUACAGGCUGACGAGUCACCGCAUCUCGAGUUCAACUUGGUAUGGAUUGAAUCGUUACUGAGCAAGCAUGGACGAUGGAUGAAAGACAACAAGACCGGUCUGGAAGCUGAGCUGCGAAGCUUAGAGAAGGCCGUCAGGCGGAUACAGGCCGAGCUCGCAAGGCUGGCGGAUGAGAACAUCUACCGGAUAGAGUAUCUGCUUGCGCAGCCUGUCGAGAAGGCUGAGAAGCCAAGAGGACUCGACUUCGAGGUCAAGGCGAUUGGAAAUGGCCUUGUGGACGAGGAGAUGAUUGACGGCGAGGACGAUGAAGAUGAUGAAGGAGGGUGGGAAGGGUUCGAAUAAUUGCGCUAUAUAGUUAUAAAACUUCACAAGGACGCACAUUUACUGGUUUACUGAACGUCUUGAUUUACACCAUGC